AUACAAUUCGAAUAAAAUCCUAAAUCUUACUGCCGCCGCACUGUUCUCUUUCCUUCGAUCGAUUCCCUUCCCUUCCCAUCAUUUUCAUUUUUUCGAGAUUCCUUCUCUUAAAGAAACCUCAAAACUUUCCAUGAUCGCCGUAGCCGAUAAUCUUGUCCGCGCCGCGAUUCCGUGCCCUAAACCCAAUCCGAAUCUUCAAUUUACCUGCGCUGCGGUGAAUCUCCGAUUGGGGCGGAGGGAGAGAGGGUUUCGUGGAUUGGGAGGAAUGGAAUUCGUGAGCAAUUUGGGUCGGAGCUGCUUCGGCGGGUGCGGGUCGGGUCAGGAUCGGAGGAAGGUGGAGGUCCACUCCGCGAGCGGCGGCGAGGACGUCUUUGCAGCGGCGCACGGCGGAGUUCAACCUGAUCAUCUUGUCAUAAUGGUCAAUGGGAUAAUUGGAAGUGCUGCAGAUUGGAGAUAUGCUGCUAAACAGUUCGUGAAGAAUCUUCCCGAUAAAGUCGUUGUACAUUGCAGCGAGUGCAAUCCGUCGAGGUUAACAUUCGACGGGGUCGAUACAAUGGGAGAAAGGUUAGCCGAAGAGGUAAACGACGUUAUACGGCGAUGGAAUGGCAUUUCGAAGAUUUCGUUCGUGGCCCAUUCGUUAGGCGGACUUGUUUCGCGCUACGCCGUUGGAAGGCUCUACGAACUUUCGAUGACAACCCGCGAUCGAUCGUUUCGAGGACGUAUCGGGGGAUUAGAGCCGAUGAACUUCAUCACUUUCGCGACGCCUCAUCUAGGCUCGAGAGGGCAUAAACAGCUCCCGCUUCUUUGUGGCCUUCCGUUUUUGGAAAGAGGCGCGUCUCAGACAGCGCAUUGGAUCGCCGGGAGAUCGGGAAAGCAUCUUUUUCUUAAGGAUGACGACGACGGGAAACCUCCCCUCCUAGUACGGAUGGUGCAGGACUGCGAUGAUCUUCAAUUCAUCUCCAGUUUACGGGCGUUCAAGCGCCGCGUGGCGUAUGCCAACGCGAACUACGAUUAUGUUGUAGGAUGGCAAACUUCAUCGAUACGCCGUCAGAAUGAACUUCCGAAGCCAAAUCUACUUCUCGCAAACGACGUGAAGUAUCCCCACAUUGUCCAUACCGAGUGGGGCGUAAACAGCGACGAAGAAGCUAACCAAUCAUCCUCUGCCAUCGGGACACAAGUCAUCGACUUAGAAGAGGAAAUGAUCAGAGGCCUAACACAAGUUUCUUGGGAGCGCGUCGACGUUAGCUUUCAAAAAAGUAGACAGCGAUAUGUCGCCCACACGACCAUUCAGGUUAAGAGCUACUGGUUGAACUCCGACGGGGCCGAUGUUGUCCAGCAUAUGAUCGACAACUUCGUUUUGUAAUGUAAGAAUAAUGUUUGUAGUUUGAGUUGGGUUUGGGGCAAUUUUGGUUAGCAAUUUGAAGCUAAGGUAGUGUGAGAAGUUGAGGAUGUGUGUAAUUAAUUGUACAAUGUAGUAGAAAGAAUGGUAUUGUUGUUGCUGCUACCUAGCAGCGAUUGUUGAUUAUCACGUUUAAAAAAAUAAAAAAAGAAAAACUUGUUUAUGCUUAAAAA